AUGUCGGAUUUCGCGCUGAUGUACGUGCACGGCCAGCGCUUCAACGCAAGGUCCCUUCAAUAUGACUCGGAUGACCUGCCUGAAAAUGGUGAGGAGCUACAGCCAGACGCAGAGAGGCAAUCAAUCUAUGUCCAUAAUCUGAACUCAUGGGCCGUGUGCGCUCUCCUGUGCACGGUUCCCGCUCAUGAAAUUGGUGUUCUUCGCCCAGCUCUUUACAACCAUUUAGCGGGCGGAACCAACAUCAUCGUCAAGUCACCACCAGGAAACCCGCCUGUUUACCAAUUGGCAUUCCACUUACCGUACUAUGCAUGGCGUUCCACAACGACUCCGAGGCUUGGUGCCAAAUUGGAAGGAGGUGAUACGAACAUGAGUGAAGCCAUUCCUGCUAAAAGUCUUGAUGUCUCAUUCCUCGCUCCGACUAAGGGCGAGAAGGCUUUUAUGCAUUUCGCACAGGUAUCUUGCGUCGUCACAGGGGUUGAUAGGCUCAUUUCGACUGUUUACAUGUUCGUCGAGAACGAGUUUGAUGAUGAAGAUUCUGUCGAGCAUAUCGAACAACUGCGCAACGAAGCAGAUUACUCUGUGACUUACGACCCAUUGACUAGAGGGAUGUUGGAUGCCGACCAGCCAGUCGCCGAUCCCGAGGCACUUUUUGUACUUCUUCUCCGGAUCCGUAUGGACCAAAUAAAUAACGAGUACAGUCAGAUCAUUGGGAAGUUGGCGAAGAGUUUUGAGAACUAUGGACCUUUGCUAACGGACACACAUUAUUCUCUUCCUCCGACUGAUUCCUACCGUCCUUCCCAAGAGACUGCUUUACAGUGGGUUGACAAAAUCUCGGUCGUCCUGGAAUCAUUGAGGGACCGCCUGGACCCCUUGGUAGAAGCUAUUGAAGGUUUCGAGAAAGAAUUCCAUGUUGAAAUCAGAUCACUUUCAGAGUAUACUGACAAGCAUCAUCAACGACUUCCUAAUGAGUUUGGCGCUGUCCUCAAGGAGUUAUCGAGCUCUAGUAUUCUCCUGGAGAAAAUGGCUAAGAGAUCCCAAGCAAUCGCGGAAAGGGUGCGUAUACCAUCUCAACCGGAACCUCUGAGCAUGCUGUUGACGCAUCAUUGA